AUGGCCAGAACUCGACUCCAAAAGGCCACAACGGACUACUUUUCAAAAGUCCCCCCCGAGAUCUUGCGCUCUAUAUUUGAAUAUCUCUGUCCUCACUGCUGCUACGAGUACGAGUGGCCUUUUGGAGCCCCGCCGGAGUCCAAGAGAGCUGUAGACAAAACGACUUUGUACGAUCUAUGCCUGGUCUCGCGGUAUUUCCGUCGCUUUGCCCAAGAGGUAUUGCAUCAUUCCUUCGAUCCUCGCUACCCUCACUAUCCAAGAAGGAAUGCUCCAACAUGGAAUGCUACAAAUGCGUGGAAGAGAAGGCUCGAGCCAUUCCUCCACACCAUCGCUUCUCGCCCAGACUUGGCCCGCUCUGUCAAAACGGUCUUUUUGAAAACCCGCUUGCUCGAAUCACUUGAAUUUGAUCAAAGCCGAAAAGCUUUCGACACUUGUGCACGUGUCUUUGGAAGCUGUGCCAUAGAAAUAGGUCAAAAAACCCUGAGUACUCACGCUUCUGCGGUAAGACGAUCGUUUUUUCGAGGGAUACCUCCUCCGGAAAACAUUCUGCUCCAAGACUUUAUCCCCUUAGUUGCAGGUCAACUGUUGUCCAUUCUGGUGGCUAUCCUCCCGAACCUGAGUCACAUUAGUAUUGAAAAGGAUGGCCGGUGGCGGUUCGAUGUAUCACCUCCUACUCUCGACAGUCUGGGCGUCAGCUCCAUUCCUCUCAAGAUACUCGAGACUGAUUCUACUCUCCCAAAUUUACUUGCUCGGACGCCGGAACUUGAGACCUUGGUGACUUGCGCGACAGAGAAGUUCCCGAAUAUGCCUUGCCUAAGGAACCUUCACAUUCGAUCCCAGAAAGCCGUUGAUGCCCCUGUCAUACAGCGUCUUCUAUCAGCAUGUACUGGUACUCUAUCCACGUUUUCAUACACUUCAUUCGACUCUGACAUCCUUGAAGUUGUAAGCGUCCUCGACAAACCCAGGUUCCACGCAAGUCUUGAGACUCUGUACCUUGACAUGAAAAGGAGCGAUUACCGGGGCAGUCAUAAAAUGCCCAGCUUAAAGCAGUUCACCCACCUCAAGAGACUCUUCCUCCCUACAUACUUUCUUUACGGCCCGGCAUACUCCUCCUGCUGCCAGGGAAAGUGCGAGGUCAAGUCUCUUGCUAGCACCCUUCCGCCUAGCAUCAUGUCUCUUGAUCUCUUGGAACGGUCGCAGAAGCCAAAUGGCCGUAUGUAUGAUGAUCUAGUCAUCCUAGCCAAGGAUGUAGCUUUCGCCUUCCCCCAGCUAAAGACAAUUCGAAGCAACUCUGAUCAUCUCUGCGAUGAGUACUCUGAGGCUUUGUUCAAGAGCGUCGGGGUCGACCUCAUACGUCAGGAUCUGACCAUAUGUUCCUGGAUAGACUCAGGUCCCAGGAUCUUUGGCUCGACAAAUUAUGAUCGCAAUCUAUCUUGGUAUGUCACUUGGUAUUUCGAUGCCUUGUGA